CCCCGCCAGCUGGAGGAAGCCGAGUAGGAAGUGGGUUGCGAUGUCCUUUUGUGUCCUACAGCCCGAGCGAGCAAGCGGCGCGCAGCGGCGGCAGCAGCAGCAGCAGCAGCGACAAGCCAUGGCCCGGCCGGCGCCCGCCGCCGCCGCCGCCGCGCGGGGGGGCCCCUGAGCCCACCCUCCCCAGCCCCGCCCCGCCGCGCCCCCCCGGCCCGGCCCGGCUCCGCGCCUCCGAGCCCUUGUCUGCAGCCAAGCCAAGCUCCCUCCAGCCAUGUCGUCCCGGGACCGCCGCACGGAGUUCUUCAUCAAGACCGAGCCGGCCUCUCCGGACAGCCUCGCCCAGCAUAGCCCGAGCGGGUCGUCCGACACCAGCGCCAGCGGGGCCCCCCAAGAGCUCGAGACCGCGGGGGUGCUGCCUGCGGGGAUGGGAGCCUCCCGCCGGCGCCAUGACGACGACGCGGACGAGCCCCCGGGGCGGGGAAAGUACAUGCUGAGCUCUAUGCCCAAGCGCCUGUGCCUGGUGUGCGGGGACGUGGCCUCAGGGUAUCACUACGGCGUGGCGUCCUGUGAAGCCUGCAAGGCGUUCUUCAAGAGAACCAUCCAAGGCAGCAUCGAAUACAGCUGUCCGGCCACUAACGAGUGCGAGAUAACGAAGCGUCGCCGGAAGGCCUGCCAGGCGUGCCGCUUCACCAAGUGCUUGCGUGUGGGGAUGCUCAAGGAAGGGGUGCGCCUGGACCGGGUGCGCGGAGGGCGGCAGAAGUACAAGCGCCGGCCGGAGGUGGAGGGGGCCACCUACCCCAGCGCCUUUGUCACCCCACAGAUCGCCACGGCAACCGCCAAGAAGCCAGCUCCGAUGAACACCAUGGUGUCCCACUUGCUAGUGGCGGAACCCGAGAAGUUGUACGCCAUGCCGGAUCCUGCGCUUCCCGACGGCCCUGCCAAGGCGGCCAGCACUUUGUGCGAUCUGGCCGACCGGGAGAUUGUGGUCAUCAUAGGUUGGGCCAAAAAUAUACCAGGGUUCUCCGCCCUGUCCUUGGCAGACCAGAUGUCCGUGCUGCAGAGCGUCUGGCUGGAAGUGCUGCUGCUGGGGGUGGCUUGGCGCUCGCUGCCUUGCGAGGACGAGAUUGUCUUCGCCGAGGACUUUGCCCUAGACGAAGAGGCGGCGCGGGCAGCAGGCUUGCUGGAGCUCAGCGGGGUGGUCCUGCAGCUGGUGCGCAAAUACCGGGCCCUCCGCCUGGAGCGCGAGGAAUACGUGCUUCUCAAGGCGCUGGCGCUGGCCAACUCGGACUCGGUUCAUAUCGAAGACAUGGCAGCCGUGCAGCGGCUCCGAGACGUCCUGCACGAGGCGCUACUGGAAUACGAGGCCUCGCGGCGCCCCGAGGAGCCCCGCCGGGCCGGACGCCUCCUCCUCACCCUGCCCCUGCUCCGCCAGACGGCCACCCGUGUGCUCCACCAUUUCUACAGCCUCAAGUUGGAGGGCAAAGUCCCCAUGCAUAAGCUCUUCCUGGAGAUGCUGGAGGCCAUGAUGGACUGAGCGAAAGGGCAGGAGCCGGGGAGGAGGGGAGCGGAGGUGGCGCGGAGCACAGCGCAGACUGGCCAAUAUCAGGGACGCGGGAAACAGGAUCGGGUUUCCCGUCCCUCCGAAUCCCUGCUGCUGCUCAUCUGCAUAUGCUAAUGCAUUUCAGUGUAUGCAAACGUAAUAACCGCCCAUGGCUUUGCACAGAGGCUGAGGGAGAGGAGAAACUGGACCCAUUUGGGGAGACGGAAGGCACUUCUUGAGACCAGGCGAGCGGCAACCCUCGCAUAGAAGGCGGCAGGACUGAUGAGGGGGCAGGGUGUGUGGGGGGGGGGGCUAGGGAGGCCAGGAACGUUUUGACAUUCACACUAGAAGCCAUAUUUUAAUUUAUUAACUUGCGGGGGGAGGGAGGGAAAUAGCUGCUGUACCCUUGCUUGGAAAGCCAUAUUUGUGUGGCGUGAAGUGGGGAGAGGGAGCUGGGGUGGGGGAAAGGACUUGGGAUGUCCCGUGCGUGGGGCAGGGGAGAUGAACGGCCGCUCCUUGCUCCAGGACAGUGGCGAGAGCAGCAGCCCUGUAGGUUGGUGCGUUCCUCCCCCCCGCCCCCAACUCUGCCACCAGUUUGCCCUUGGGCUGGGCCCAAUCAAUGCACCUUAAUGGGGUGGGGGUGAGGAAGAGAGCAUCCUGCUCCCAGAGAGGGACAGGUGCGGCCUGGGGCCGUGGCACGGCUUGCCUUCGUCCGUCUUGAGCCUCUCCAUGCUCCCAGCCCCUACGAAGUCCACCUCGCUCCCCCCUCCUCCUGGGAAUGUUGCAUUAUUCACUUUGAAGCAAUAAAUGAACAAAAAAUAGAAAAUUGGGGAGAAGACCCUGGGUGGGUGGGGGGGGGGAGUGGCAGAUCUCAGGCCAUGCUCUGCAUGGUCCUGUGUUCACACUUGGGGAGAUUUACCCCCACCCCCACCCAACAAGAAAGAGCAAGGACUCUGUCUACUCUCUCGCCCAGCAAAGACCCUUCACUUACAAUCCCUCGUAGUAGCAAUAGUUAAAAAGGCAGUGAUGCUUCCUUUCAGGUGUGACUUUACCCUUCCGCCAUAAGAGGCUGAGCAGCUGUUCUUCCUCCACCGCAUCUCCCCCACCCCACCCCAGACCACCGGCCCAAAGCAAUAAACAAGAAUACCCCUUCCCCCCCACCUCCCCUUCUGACCCACCACUCAAACAGGAGUGGCUACCCUGAGGCAACCUGGCUGCUGUGGCACUCUUAACGCCCAUCACCCCCUGCCACACUAAGCUGCAGCAGGGGAGUGGUGGGCAUUGUAGUCCAGCAGCCGCCAGAGAGCCCACGGCUGCAGCAGACCAAGGAAGGCGGCUGCGAGGCCUGAAGCUGAGAGAGGUGUACUGUAUAUAGCAAUAUAUUCGUUGCAGGGCAAGAGGAAUCUACCCCAUUUCCAGCUCCCGUUCCCACCCCCGCAGUGCAGGGUUACAGCCUCCCUUGCCCUGGUGGGGGGUGGGCGGGAUGGGGAAGUGGAAACGUUGGAGGUUUUUUUUUUAAAUUAAAUUAUGUGUGUGUACAUACUAUAAAUACCUCUGAUUUGUGCAUAGGCGGCUAUCCAUACACAUACAUAGAGAGCUCUAUUAUUGAACAAAAUUAAAGAGGUCGCCCUUGCCUAAAGGAA